AGAGAGAGAGAGGGGCGUGUUUUGUGGGAUGAGAGAUGGAGAUUCAGUUCUCUGCAUAAUAUUCUCGGUUCAUUUGUUCUGACAUAAUUUUAAAGCACUCGGACAAAAAAAAAGGAAAUUUCGAUUGAAUUUAUUUAGUGUUUCAAAGUCACGCUACAAAUUAUCCCGCGAACCCAAAACGACAUUCGACUUCUCUCAGAACUAUGAGUGAGAACAGUUCAUCUGAUACACCCAACAGCACUCAGGGGCCCGCCACAGAUCAGAAAGCCCCCCAGGAGAAACCGGCGGACAAAGCGGGGAAGAACCCUACGCAAGAACCCGAAGAAGAGAUUGACAUUGAUCUGGAUGCGCCAGAGACGGAAAAGGCGGCUUUGGCAAUACAGAGUCAGUUCAGACGCUUCCAGAAGAAAAAGAAGUAGAAUGAAGGAAAGGAUCAGUGCAGAGGACAAAAACACCUUCCGCAAUAUUCAAAAUGGAAAGCGAUUUAAUACGGAAGAGACAGAGAAAAGGGUAAAGUCAAGUGUGGGUGGAAAAUUAUGGGUUUGGAAAACAAAUGAUAGCCCCGUGGCAUCAACAUGCUUGGUUGAUUAGAGUUUAGGACAUAAGAAUAGAGAGGGAUCUUCACUUUAAAAGACAUUGCAGAUUUUCUUCUUGUUGUAUUUGUCUAGGUUUGUCUCCAUCCUUUCUCAUUUCUCCUUUAGAAAAAUAUAGGUAGGAAUGUGUUAUUGACAUGUGCGACACACAUCUGUCAUUAUAUAUAUAGUAUAUCAUUGAUGCAAAUUGUAAUUGAUAUAAAUGUAAGAAUUCAAAGGGCAGUAAUGACCACCGUAAAACAUACUGGUGUGAAUUAGCAUAGAUAUGACGUAGAUUAGGUGUAAGUGUAUUCUUAGAGUGUAUUCUUUUUUUUCUUUCAAAACGACGAUCGUUUGAAAAAAAUUAAUCUCUGUAUCACCAUUAUCUGUUUAGCAUUAGUUAAGUACAUUAACAUUAAAAAGCAAUUGAUGCUAAUGCAUUUCUCAAUCUCAGUUAAUGUUAAUACAUUAUUUAAAGCAUUAACAAAGAUGAAUAAAUAUAGUAACAAAGGAACUGUUAUUGUUAGUUACUGCAUAAUUGUAAAGGUGUUACUGAUUUUUUUAUAUCAAUAGCAGACCAACAAUUAUUUGAUAACAGAAAACAUAUUGUAACCGAACAUAAACAGAAAAAUUUGCAAUAGCAAUAUCUUGCAUAUUUCAGCAUUUUGGAAAAGCAUUUAAUCAAGGCAAUGUAACUGAGUAGCAUGUUUUUUUUAUUUAUCCCAAAUAUAUCAUGCAAAUCGCCUUGAAAUAUAUGUGAAACAGGCAAUUGUAAGUGUAAAAUUUUUGCUUAAUUUGCUGUAUUUUACAGGGUGGUUGAAUUUAGCACAAGGUCGAUAACCUUUUCAAGUCUCAUCACUCUCACUGAAAUUAGCAUAAUGCCUUUCAUUUUUGCUUUAUUGCCAGUUACAGGCAUGCAGCAAGACCCUUGAAUUUUUGGUGAGUCAAAUGAAGAUGAUUAUCAAGGAAAGUGUACCAUUUGAUCUAUUUUAAGUGUCUUUCUCUUUCUCCUUCCCCUAUAAUUAAAGCAGUCUCUACAGAUAUCUCAGAAUAGUUCAUAAUAAUGAGAGCAGUCUAUAGACACUCAUGAUUAUCUCACAGUUAAUGGGACAAAUCAUGUCUUUAAAGAGACAGGUGUGAUGAAAAUGCCAUCUGUGUUUGAUUGGACCCUGGCAAUGCAAUAAUUGAAUACAUAUGUUAUGAUCCUGUAUGUUUUAUAUUAAGUAUGACACAUUGUAUUGUUGGGUAGUUAUCGUGUCCUGUAUUGCCCUGUAUUUUUUUUCCUUAGUGUGUGCUUGAGUACUAUAACCCACACUUGUUUCUUUUUUCUCCGUGUGACUCAGUCUAAAAUAUAUGCUUCAAAAAGGAGAACUGUAUGUCCCGAACUGAAUUGUAUGUCCUAGGGGCAGUGAGUCCAUGGUUAUAUAAAGUAAAGAGCAUUAUAUAACAUUAGCUUGCUUCUUUCCAUCAAACCUAUUUAAUGGAUACUGGAAAUGCAUAUUGCUUGUAGGUUGUACUAGUAUUUAUUUAAACUUGCUAUCUAAAAUAAUGUGUAUAAGCAAAAUGAAUGCAGGCAUAUAAUGUAGGCUAUUUAUUACAAAAAAAAUACAAAAACAAUUUUAUGCAUUGCAUAAAUCCAUAGAAAAAUAAAUGUUAAAUCAUAAUCUACCUAAUAAUGGACUAACAAACAGAAAAUGCUUUUUUUAUAGAAAAAAAUAAAUAAUGUUAAUAAAAAUCAAUAACAAAACUACAUCUUGGAUACAUAAAGCUCAUAUAUAUUUGCUGUUUUUGCGUGGUCACAGAGGAAAAAUAUUGGUUAUAAUAAAAACAUGUGUCAUCAGCACAUACCCCAAAACUACCCAUUAGGUCAGAAACAAUUGCUCAUUUAAAGUUCCAGCACUCAAGAAAAUAAAUCUAAAUCUACUGAAUGCCUUUUUAACCCACAACUGAUAAUUAUUGCACUAUGUCAGUACUGGUUUAAGGUGGAUUCCUUGGGGUUUUUUUCUCCACAAGAACAAUUUUAUUAAUGUAAAGCCAAACUCAAUCCUUAUGCUAAAGCCCUUGACUUAUUCACAGUGGUCUGCUUUUUCAUUAACAUUCCAUUGAAUUAAUUUAUUUACAUUGUUUACCGGAGAGAACUUUGAUACGCAUUAAAUAUCAAAGUUUAGUGGUUUGUUAUAAACCCACAAACCCACAACCCUAAAAAAUCAUUUGGAUUUUUUUGUCUGCAUACAUGGUGGUGGAUAUCAUAUUUAAUUAAUUAAUCUACAUGAGCGGAAUGUGUAGCAUAUAGGAAAUAAAAGAUGCAUGUUGAGUGGCAAAAUGUUUCCGAUGCAGAGUUUGAUUUAUAUAGAAUUAAAAGAUGAAACCUAUUGCCUUAACCUCAGCAUGAAUUUUGAACGGCUUUUAAUCCACUGGUAUUUAUAAAGAAAUUAAAAUCAAAUUGUUUUUCCCUUA